AUGCCGAGAUUCGAGAUCCAGAUUCAUCGCCCCGGUCGAUACCCCCGGCCCUUUCAUCUCCAAUCCUCCAGCUCUCCAAACUCCAACACCCAAAAGCCGAGCCUCAAGCAUGCCAACUCCGAACACUCUCGCUAUGUCCAGAUGCUCCUCCAGCAGGACGACAUUCCUUUGCUGCACAACAUUCUCGCCUCCGUAUUCGUCUGGCUCCUGCUGGCAGGAUUCCUCGUCUUCCCCGGAACGUUCACAAGUCUCCAGGCCUCGGUUGCGAAGCAGGGUGACAACGACCAUACAUUUUCAGACCAAGCCGCUAAGCUCCUCGUAAAGAGCAUCAAGAACAUUCCCCUCCUCGUCAUCGCAGCCGUAAUGUGUGGCAUCUCCGCCAUCGGCAUGCUCACUCUCACCAUCCUCCACGCGAAAAACUACGUCUGGAUCGUGAACAAGCUGUUCUUGCCGGGCAUGACCAACUCCCUGGCUGGGUUGGUGUCGACACUCAUUGGCGUAUACUCUCAACAACACGGCACUUGGAGCAUUACAGCCCGCAUCACUGCCAUUGCUGAAGGAGCUUCGCUCGUGGUCUGUGGCGGACUUUUCGCCUUUUGCCGGUUGGCUCUCUUGAGCAAGGUCAAAGAAAGCCAUGAGGAGCACUACAAAAGCUGGCCGGGACACAGAUAUUCCAAGCAGCUGUUCCAGGAUAAGCCGACGUGA